CAUCAUGAGUAACAAGGCACUCGUUUUCAAGAAGGUCCCUACCGAAUACCCUGUUCCUGGGGAGCAUUUGGCCGUCGAGACGGUUUCCGGCGAUGCUAACUCUCCCGCGCCAGCAAAUGGAGUCACGUUGAAGUCCCUCUACGCCAGCUAUGACCCCUACAUGCGCGGCCGGAUGCGCCCCGCAGAGGUGAAGUCCUACGCUCCGGCUUUCGAAGUCGGCAAGCCGAUCGAUAGCGCCAUUAUCGCGAAGGUCCUCAAGUCCAACAACUCCAAGUACAAGGAGGGGGAUCUUGUCAUUGGUCAGCUUCCCAUUCAGGAGUAUAUCCUGCUUGAUGGUAACUCAAUUGGCGCAAUCAAGCCUCUCGACAACCCUCUUGGCAUUGAGGACAUCCGAGUCUUCCUGGGUGCCCUUGGCAUGCCCGGUUUGACUGCCUACUCUUCCCUCUAUGAGAUUGGAAAGCCCAAGAAGGGCGAAGUCAUUUUCAUCUCUGCAGCUAGCGGUGCCGUUGGCCAGCUUGUUGGACAACUCGCGAAGCACGAUGGUCUCAAGGUCAUUGGCAGUGUUGGUUCGGAUGAAAAGCUGGAGUUCAUCACCAAGGAGUUGGGCUUUGACGGCGGUUUCAACUACAAGAACGAGAAGCCUGCAGAUGCUCUGAAGCGCCUUGCCCCCGAGGGCAUCGACAUCUACUACGAGAACGUCGGCGGAGAGCACCUCGAAGCUGCCCUGGAUGCUAUCAGGGACUUUGGUCGGGUCGUUGUCUGUGGUAUGAUCUCUCAGUACAACACCACGAACCCCUACCCCAUCAAGAACAUCUCCAAUGUGCUGGUGAAGCGUCUCGAGAUGCGCGGCUUCAUCGUCCUGGACCCUGGUUUCGCCGACCCGUACCUCGAACCGCACCAGAAGAACGUGCAGAAGUGGAUCAAGGAAGGUUCUUUCAAGGCUUUGACCCACGAGACCGUUGGCAUCGACAACGCUGCGGAAGGUCUGGUUGGUAUUUUCCACGGCAAGAACAAGGGCAAGGCUGUGCUCAAGUUUUAAGCGCGGUCGGCGGAUAUAACCUGAAGCGGAAAUCAGACGGAUAUGAAGUCAUGACACCGAAACGCCAUGUUUGCGUAGUCGCAUGAGACAGUGGACUAUGUAUGCAUGGGCAGUUUUUGAGGAAAUUUUCAUCCCUUUGGAUGCUGUUAGCAUUUAUCGGUAGUUUAUGAGAACAAAGACAUCAUGGUAGAAAUGAUGAUUCGAAUCCAAUGUGAUUCCCAGAUAAUAAUCUUCGAACUCGGUUGGAGUCGCUAGAAGGCGUAGUUCAUGAGCUGCUCAGUCAUCUAUAUUAUUAGCGAGACGCAACAUGUAGUCUUCAGAUAACCUGCGAUGCAACAACAACUAUCAGUAAUGCUCAAGCUAGAUUAUAGAGU